ACUUGGCUUUCUUUCAGAAUAAAUUUGCGGCCAUCCUGGAGUUCAACCUCAGGGCAAGGUUCUCCCCUACCGCUGAAGCACCGCACAAGUACAACCACACAGAAGACACAGCUGGAAAGCUCCCUGGCCUGGGCAUUCCUCUGGGGCAGAGACCUCACGCGAAAAUAUGGAGCCUCAAAGUCAGAGCAUGACGCUGGAGGUGCCGUUGUCCUUGGGGAGAUACCACAUUUCUGAGGAAUAUGGCUUUCUCCUUCCAAAUCCUCUGGAAGCACUUCCAGAUCAUUACAAGCCUUGGAUGGAAAUUGCCCUCAGACUUCCUCACUUAAUCGAGAACCGCCAGCUCCGAGCUCACGUGUACAGGAUGCCUCUCCUGGACUGCAGAUUCCUAAAGAGUUACCGUGAGCAGCGCCUGGCACACAUGGCGCUGGCCGCUAUCACCAUGGGAUUCGUCUGGCAGGAGGGGGAAGGCCAACCCCAAAAGGUGCUGCCAAGAUCUCUUGCCAUUCCUUUUGUUGAGGUAUCCAGGAACUUGGGACUCCCGCCUAUCCUGGUCCACUCUGACCUGGUGCUGACAAACUGGACCAAAAGGAACCCAGAAGGACCGUUGGAAAUCAGUAACCUGGAAACCAUCAUCUCAUUUCCGGGGGGAGAGAGCCUGCGGGGCUUCAUCCUAGUGACAGUCUUGGUGGAGAAGGCAGCAGUGCCCGGCCUUAAGGCCCUGGUUCAGGGAAUGGAGGCCAUUCGGCAACACAGUCAGGACACCCUGCUAGAAGCCCUGCAGCAGCUGAGACUCUCCAUCCAGGAUAUCACCAGAGCCUUGGCCCAAAUGCAUGAUUAUGUGGACCCAGACAUAUUUUACUCGGUCAUCCGGAUCUUCCUCUCUGGCUUUAACCAGGUUGCCAUCCAAUUCACCAACCAACAGAGCCGAUUCACUUUUGAACGUUUGUGUCUUGUUGACUUGGAGGUGCCGGUGAUGUUAUCAGAAGCAUCCAAGCUGUGCCUGGAGACAGCAAGAGACAGACCAGAUGCCGAAUCUAUUACCAUUACUGCCAAGUCCCAUUGGGAGAAAAACUAAAGUGUGCAUUCGUGCAUGUGUGCGUGUACGUGUGUGUCUAGAACUGAAAAUUUUAUUUCCUUGCAAGUAUCAGACUAGAGUUUUCCUGGCCUGCUAGGUCCUCUGUUGCCUCUCCCCACCAUGUCCCCAAUUUGACUCCUGACACAGCACUGGCACUUGGCAUUUUUCUAGAAUUACACAUUUUCCUGACUUUUCUCUUGACUACCGCCAGAGGAAAUUUCUCUUAAAGGGGCUCCUGUGGCUGUGCUCAAUCUAGUCGGAUGAGUCAGGGAAAUUCCCACAUUAAAGCUAAACUGAUCAGUGGCCUUAAUCCCAUCUGAAAAGUCCUCCUGCCCUGUCCUGUAAUAAAUAUAUCAUGGUGACCGGAACAGCUCAUAGUAUUAAGAGUCCUAGGAAUUCGGUUGGGAACCUUGGGGAGCUAUUUUUAGAAUCCUACCCUCCAGUGUCUUUCAAAGGAAUCAUUUCUACUUCCUCUUGGCAGAGACUUGAUAAGAACCAGAAGGGGACUUUGUUUGCAUCGACAUAAGUUCCGGGCAAUGACACUUUUUAUCUGGUAUUUGGCAUAAAGGCCAUCCCUCCACUUCAAAUGCUGAGACUGUUUACUGUGCCGCUAAGUGGCUGUACAAGAUCCUAAAUGUAGCUGUAGUUUCAACAAACAUCUGGAUUGUUGGGAGUUUCCAGUAGACUUCUCUUUAAAAUGUCAGCCUCGCUAUUCUGCAUCUAUCCCGAGUUUCUCAUUUGCUUCUUUAAAACACAGUUUUAUUUAAGAGUGGAUGUCCUGUGGAAAUGAGAUGUAUUCCCUCCAGUUCCCAGCCUGCCACAGGUCUCAGAGAGGCCAGGAACGGGGGGCCCAGGUUGCUCUGCAGGGAAACAUCGCCUCAUUUUGUUGUCUGCCUUAACUUCCUCUUUCCUUGGGAUUGCUAGAAAUACACCAGGAGCAGGUCUAAAAAUAACCUUACCGUAGAGGCCAGAAUUUAAAAUGGCCCCAUCCCUUUACAAAUGGCAGCUCAGCCCUACGUGGAGAAAGAGGCAGUUGUGUCUCCCAGUGCUGCUGGGGAUGGGGUGUAAAAACAGACCCAAGUUCAUCAUCUGACCUCAGAGCUGGUGUUUUCUGCAUCACCUUCAGCAUGGCUGGCUUUGGCGAAGGCACUCCAGCGAGUGCUGAAAGGACAUUGCCUGAUGACGUCCUUGGCAUUUGUCAUAUCUGAUAGAUCCCUUAAGCACUGGUUGUGCCGUACUGACUGAAAAGCUCUUUUCUCCUUCCUUCCUUCCUUCCUUCCUUCCUUCCUUCCUUCCUUCCUUCCUUCCAAUAAAUCCAUAGUGAGGGCCUACCACAUCCUAGACACCACUGUAUGUGCUGGAAACAGCAGUAAAGAAAAGCAGUCACGUGGUCCUUGUGGAGCCUGUGACUUCAGGAUGGGGAGAAGGUAUUGACAAAGCAAACCGAAUCAAAGCAAACAUCCAACAGUAUGUGUUACAACUAGAGGCUGCAUGAAGCAAUGCCGGGUAGGAUGCGGGCUGCUAGGGAGGGACCACUGGGUGUGGUGGCUCAGGUAUCUUGUUUACUGAUAUCUAGAAAUACCACAUCCCCAGUGAUAUGGGAACAGAUGUCACAGGCAAUGGAGUGCUCUCAGAAGAAGAUUCCUGUUGUAAGAGGAGGGAACAGUUCCUGUGACAGGAGGAGGGAGCAGACAUGAAGAAUAGACUUAGAUGUAUGUGAGAAGGAGGAUGCCUGCCAUUGUGGAGGACUCUCAGUGUGGGCAGUGCUGCCUUCCUUUCUGAGUGGCACAGUCCUGUUUGGGGCUGCAGGUUGUCAGUACCCCUCCUGAGUGGGGUAGGGUGGCAGAGAACAAGAUUACAAAGAAAGCAUCAGAGGUGGACCCAAGGGGAAGAUGCCGAGAUGGAGAUGAAUGUCAACCAUCUUGAAGAUGAGGGGAGAGGUGGAGAGUAUACAGCCUGUGGGUCCUGACGCCUGUCACAGAGAAACAGAAACAUGUGCGUGCCCUUGGCCGCUCUGGACACAGAUUGCAGCCCAUGUGCUGGUGUGGACCAGGUCCAUUAUCCACACCGUCGUCAUGUCUGCAACAUCACUUGCUCAUAAAAUACCAUUCUACAGUUUCUCUAGCCCCGAACUCUUAUAUUUGUUUUUGGGUUGUUCACAGGCCUCUUUGGAUUCCAUUCAAAUCCUCGAACAGGUGCAAGAAGCAGAUUCCCCUACAGACUAGGGGAACUGAGGGUCAGAAAGGCUGUGCACUGUAGCUGAGAGAUGAGAGUGGCAGCAGGCAUUCUUAGCCUCCAGGGUUGCUAGAACAAUAAAUAGCUGGUGCUUACCGAAUGUCUAAUGUGCUCCAGACACCUGGCAAAUAGUAUUUGAGUCGGAUCUUACAAUGACCCAUAAGCUAAGUAUGAAUGUCAAUGCCAAACAUAGCUCUUAUCUCAAAGGAAUAAGAGUUAGUUUAUUCUUUGGCCAAAUAUUAAUGCCCAGAAACACAGAUUCCAGUUGUCCCAAAUUAACAUGUUCCACUGGGGAAAUGAAGGAGUUUUCAUAGCUCAAGGGCAAAGCAAGUUACCAAUCAAGGGGUUUUUUGAGAACACUGGUGGGGGCCCCAGGCAGGCAAGUUACAGCAAACAAGAACUCUGUACAUAGUCACAUGCAGACGGGUAGUGGAAGCCUGUUGUCUACUAGGUCAAUACAUUCCAAACCAUCAAAGAUACUGGGUCAGGCAGGACGGAGUUAAAGAUAGCCCAUUGUCGUUUGACUCUGGAUCUUCAAACUUUCCAACUCUCCACGAUCAAUCAGUUUUGUAGAAUCUUUAACAUAGGCAUGGCUUCCCCCUCCCUCCUCCCACACACCCCAGCGCCACCUGGAACUUCAGUUUAUACUAACACUACUCAGACAAGGGAGCCAAGGCUCUGAGAGGUCCCAUGUGCUAACCCAGGGCUAGCAACCAAUGCACAGUAGAGCUUAGAUUCUGUAUCUGCCCAGAAUAGAGACCUUGUCCCACAGUUUGUGUGACGCUCCCUUCUACCUGUGUAUCCUUUCUUCUUCUUUCUUAUGCUGUAUCUCUUUUCUGAACAUGACUUCCUCAGUUGGUUACCAUUGAAAUUCACUAAUCGGUUGACUUUAAACAGCCACCAAAUCUGGCAACCUGGCCACUUGCUGUGUUGGCAGCCUCAGAGCAGAGUCUGGGGAAAGGUCUAGGAUGCAGGUGGGGGGAGCUAGCCUGAACACAAGGCUUGGAUUGACAGGGAGCAGAAACAGCCAUGUAAACCUGCUACUUGCCCUGUCAACCAGGGGCUGGUUUGCUUGCUGGCAAAAGAGGUCAAUGUGCUUCUUGGCGAAGGUAGACAUCUAUGGGAUAAAGAAAAGUAGACUGCAACUUAGAGAUGCAUGUGUGUGUGUGUGUGUGUGUGUGUGUGUGUGUGUGUGUUCCUGGAAUGCUGGGGGUCUGGGAACUUAGCUCAAGUCUUUGAUUCUUUAGGAAAGAAGGUAAAAAUUGCCUGGUCCUAUCUACUGUCAAGUGGUCGGGGUGAGAGAGUGAGUGUAUGCUCGUGUAUGUAUGUGAGCACUGCAGGUGUCUGCAUGGUGUGCCAUGGUGCUCCACUGGGCUUCAUGCUGUGCUCCCCUAGGCUUCAGUCAAGUCAAGACUAGGUCAAGUCAUGGAGGGUAAACAGAAGAGAGAGAGAGCAGAAAAUGAGGGACACAGGAAGGGUAGAGGGGGAAAGAGAGGGUUGUGAAGCUCACGCGUGAUCAGGAGCCCCAGGCUUUCUUCUUCCAGCCGCCCAUAGGCUCUGGUGCCCACAACAUUGGUUACAACCCCGCUCUCCAUCAUCAUGCUUGUCAUCACUGCUGUGACAAACCGCUUAAUAAUGGUUCUCACGGAACAUUAAAAGCCAAGCCAAGUUUAACACCUCGAACAUUUCCAAGUGUUAUGGGGAAUAACAGUUAAGUGUCUGGGUGUGCUUGUGUGUAAUUGGGAAUCUGUAGUGGUGGGGUUACCAGUGUCAGGCCACAGUGUUUGUGAUGAGCAGAGGGGUCGGGGUCUUUCUCAGAUCCCUUAUCUUGUCCUGUCAAUGGUGGUGAUGUAAUAGGUGCACGCCUGUGACAGAGCUGUUUAAAGCAUUGUAAGACCAAUGAGUAAAGUUCCUACCCUUGCUUCUCCUUUAAGUGAGGCAGAAAAAGGCUCCACCAUGACGUGGUGUAAAGAUGAAGUCAAUCUAAUACUUCCUUGGAUACUCUAGCAAGCUUCAUUCACACUUUUUAUUUCUUCCUCUUCCUCUUCCUCUUCCUCUUCCUCUUCCUCUUCCUCUUCCCCUCCUCCUCUUCCUCC